UUGUAAGAAUAAAGGAACCUUGGCUAUGGCUGAAAUAGGCUAUCUGUGCACUUUGUCCAAAACAACAACAUCGGGCACCCGGCCCAAUUCAUACCGAACGUUCAUCGUCUCCCCCAAGCUGAGCAAAAAUCUUACAGAUUCCAUUUUGCUCUGUCUUUACCCUAAUAAUGAAAGCAGCUAAGUUCAAUGCUUUUUCCCAAUUUCGUUUCCUGUUUUUCAAUUCUAAAACCUUAAAUCCCUUAAACCCUAACAUAUUCAGAUUCAGAUUCCUCACAGUAGCUGCUGCCUUGCCUUCUCCUGAAAAAACCCUAGAAGACCAAGCAGAAGAGCUCAGUAGUACUUGCAAAGACUCAUCAGAUUUGCUUAAGCAAUGGGGUUGCACUGAAGAUGACAUUUCCAAGAUUUUUCAGCGUCGCCCGUCUUUGCGCAGAAUGGAACAAACACUCCUUCAGUCAAAGCUCAAAAUUCUGAGUGAUUUAGGUAUACCAUCAUCUGACCUCACCAAGAUUAUUAAUUGCCGUCCUCGUUUCCUUGAUAGUCGGAUUGAUCGUUGCUUGGAAGAACGUCUUGAAUUUUUUCAAACUUUGUUUGGUACUAAAGAAAUUCUUCUCAAGGCUAUUGUUCGAAAUCCGUCGUUGCUUACUUAUGACUUCCGUAAACAGAUUAAACCAAUGGUUGCAUUUUAUGAACAAUUGGGUCUUAGCAGAAGUGAGUUAACCUCCAUGCUUUUAGCUCGACCAACUCUGAUACCAAGAACCUCUUUGGAUGAUGAGAAGAUGGAUUAUAUUCAAAGAACUGGUGUGGAAAAGGGUACUUCGAUGUAUAAACAUGUGGUUGCCUUGUUUGCUAUUUCACGGUCUGAGACUAUCCGUCAGAAGGUGGCUAAUUUGGAGAAACAUGGUUUUACUGAAGAUGAAGUCUUUAGGCUUUUUGGACGGUCUCCAUUUUUGUUAACAUUGUCUGUUGAUAAGGUUCAGAGAAACAUGACUUAUAUAUUGGGUACAAUGAAGCUUUCUGCAUAUUUGGUUCGUGAUAACCCGUGUUUGCUGUUCCUCAAUUUGGAGACUGCUAUAAAGCCAAGGUAUUUAUUAGGGGCAAAGAUAGAUGAUAUGGGUCUGGUUCCUCAAGUGAAGGGUCCUUCAUUGUUAAGAGCAAUGAGGAUGACGGAAAAGCGGUUCAUCAAGGCCUUUAUAAAUUGCCAUCCAGAAGACGUGGCUCAUGAAUUGAUGGAAUACUAUACAAAAGUUAAAGGUGUUAGAAGGUUGGCAGAAUCCUCCAGGAAACAAUUAUACAAAGGAUUUCCGUUUUGAACAUAUUUUCCAACAGUGACUUUUCCAAUUAUCAUUUGACUCUAUUUGUAAUUGAAUUCCUUCAUUUUUCAUUGACAAAAAGUAGAUUUUAUUUGUAUUAUUGAUUUGCUGGGGAUGUUUGAUUGUUGUUUUCAAGUAUAGUCAAUACGAUGAUAUUCUGUUGUGCAAGUGGAUGUAAGCUAAUAAUAUAUGAAUUGGAGUAGAGCUGAAAUUACCUUAGACAAAAGGAGCUAUUCGAAGCAUAUGGACUGCUGCAAAAUUGUCCACGUCUCACCAGAUUUGCUCUUCAUGCUCCUAAGUUUCAGGAGUUUCUUUUCAAAUAUAACUACUGUUGAAAAUGCACUUCAUAUCAAUUUGGAGCUGAUUCUGUAGCCUCAAAGACCAAUGAAUUGGCGUAUUGUCAAGAACUAUAUUAGCUGGAGUUAUUAGCUCAUACCCGGAUUAUCAAAUAGGUCGUAUCUGGGAGGCGACAUGUAGGAAUUAUGUCUGCUGAGCCUAUUGGAAUUAUGAGGUGAGGUUAUUGUUUGGAGACUUGCAUAAGACUGGCAUUUUCAUGUGGAACUACCUCUACCAUCUUGGGAGCAACAAGUUCACUCUCAUGAGAGAUUACAUCAAUACUCUAAAGAAACAUGGACUUAGCCGGGAUCCUCCCAGUCCCAGAAGAAAGUGAUUAUUAAACACACCAUGAAUAUACUGAUUGUACGUGGAUGAUUUACAGUACUUAUGGUUAGAAGACAAUCUUCGCAUGUGCAUGAAGUGGCAGGACAGUGACCAGCCUCUCAAUUGAUGUAAGGCCAUGACGAUGACUAGCUCUUCAUAUAUUGUCAUAUGUGCAAUCGAAUUUGUGGGAAGCUACAACGCCCAAAAGUAGAAUUCCAGUUGAAAUAAAGGAUUCAAUGUAAUUGCAAUGAGGCAAUAAAGGAUGCAAAUGGGCAGGUUAAGCAACUCUGAACUGCUGAAACAGCACAAGAUGAGGUGUGUAGAUGUUACAAAGACAAGCUUAACAGGACGAUAGAGAAAAACGAUGAACAUGGCAAGGAAGAUAAUAAUUAUUCUUGGGUCAUUAAUUUUGUUUCCAAAUUGUACUAUAACUUCUGAAAUCCAUUAUUGAGAAACUAGAAAGUGGACCAAAGAAAAUUUGAGAACAAAUUUGGUGACUGGUAUUCUCAUCCA